CUUUAAAAGUCAAAAUAAAAAAAAAAUUGAAAAGAUGCUAAAAUUUUUGAUAUAUGCAGCCAAGAAAGACUAGAAAUUAGUGUACAAGAAGUUGAUUGUGCUUGUUAAUAAUAAUAAUCUUGUGUAAAAGAAAGUUUAAUACACUUAAGAACCAUGCUGAAAAUAUAUAGCGGCAACCGCUCUAUUAUUUGGAAAGACGCUUUAGAAAAUAUGCUAAAAGCACUCCAGAAGAGCUUCGAAUUCAAAAGUAUAUUUGGACAAACUGCCGAAGAGGUCGUGAAUAACGUAGAUUUGUCAAAUAAAACAUGCCUCAUUACGGGGGCCAGCAGCGGCAUCGGUCUAGAGAUUGCUCGAUGUCUUAAUAGUCGCGACUGUAACUUACUAAUGGCUUCUCGAAAUGUUUACAAAGCGAAUCUUCUUGCCAACAAAACCUGUCUAAACAACCAGAGAAUUCGGCACUACCAAAUAAAUCUUGCUUCCUUGGCUUCUGUGAGACAAUGUGCCCAAGAAAUCAUUGAAAAUGAAAGUCAAAUAGAUAUAGUGAUUCUUAAUGCCGCCACCUUUGGUAUACCAUGGACUGUUACUAAAGAUGGCCUGGAAACAACCUUCCAAGUUAAUUUCCUAAGUCAAUACUAUUUGUUGCUGUGCCUGGGUAAGAUGCUGGCUCCUGACGCCAGGGUGGUAUUUACCUCCUCCGAAUCUCAUAGAAACAUAAAAUGGCCAGAAAAAAAUAGAUUCAAUCCGGUGUUCGAGAACCUUUCACUCCUCAAACACGAAUACACGUCCAUCAAGUCGUAUAAUAUAUCGAAGCUGUGUUGUUUAUUACUCAUGCACUAUUUGAGCUACCAGUGGUCUAAUAGUGAGAGGAGCUUCUUGUGUGCACACCCGGGUUCUUUCAUCAAAACUGGUCUCUGUCGCAACUGGUGGCCUUACGAGGCACUGUACACAAUUAUGUUACCAUUCUCAAAGUCUAUUAUGCAAGGUGCUAGUACCAUACUUUAUUGCGCAACUUCGCCAAAUUUAAAAGGUGCUACAGGUAUGUACUUCAGCAACUGUAACCACUGUAAUGAAAGUGACCUCGCCAAGGAUAUAUACUUCUCAUUUAGGAUUCACGACUUGAUUCUCGACAUACUGCGAGACCGUGUACAAGAUUUAGAUAAAUUGACUAAGGAACUGCGAGUGAAUAAAUAAAAGUUGUUAAGAAAAUAACAUUUAAUUAAAGAUUCUUUUAUUAAUAUAA